AUGGUUGACUCUCAGAGAACCACUGGAGCUGAAGAGAGCGCUGUGGGCACUGCUCCCUCACCAUCUGCCAACAACCUGGAGCCUACUCGUAGCACCGGCCACGAUAUUGCAAUCAAUCACGGCCCCAUUCUAGAGGCCGAAGCAGAGAACAGCGACUUAACAGACGACGAUGCCUCGGACAGAGCGGCAAGUGUGGCAUCUUCAAGCACAAGCUUGUCCAGCUCGAUUCUUCAGCAUCGCUUGGAGAAUGGAAGAACUUACCACAAAUACAAAGACGGAAAAUAUCUUUUCCCCAACGACGAAAGAGAGAACGACAGGCUUGAUUUGCAGCAUAAUCUUUAUCUGUUGACGCUAGAAUAUAAGCUAGGUCUUGCUCCCCCGAACAACGAAAAUUCAGGCGUUAAGCGCGUCCUGGACAUCGGGACAGGCACGGGACUCUGGGCUAUCGAAUUCGCCGAUGAACAUCCCGAAGCUGAGGUUCUAGGGGUCGAUCUUACUCCGGUACAGACUCAAUUUGUUCCGCCGAAUCUCAAAUUUGAAGUUGACGACAUUGAACAACCCUGGACAUUCAGCCAGCCUUUCGACUACAUACACAUUCGUGGCAUGACCUCUAGUGUCUCUGACUGGCAUGCAUUCUUCAAGCAAGCAUACAACGGCCUUACUCCCGGUGGUUAUAUCGAACUAUUCGAAGGUCAUGCGCGCACACAGUCGGACGAUGGGUCAUUGACUCCUAAUCACGCAUUCUGGCAGUGGGCAGACAAGCUGGACGAGUGCUGCAAGAUCCUCGGCCGUCCAUUUGUCCACGUUCCGAGUCUUGUUCCUAUCCUUGAGCAAGCGGGUUUUGUCGAUGUGACCAUCGUUCCGUUCAAGUGGCCCAUCGGCCCGUGGGCAAAAGAUCCAUAUUACAAAGAACUUGGGGUGUGGGCUCUUGAGAAUGCCUCCGAGGGCCUCGAAGCUUGGACAAUGGCAGCACUGACUAGGGCGCUCGACUGGAGCAAUGCAGAGAUGGGUGAUUUAUGGCAAAAAGCCAUUGUAAAAGGCUUAGAGAUUGAAAAUGCUGUCGGAAUUUCAUUUCAGAUCUAG